AUGAGAAAGGUAAAGACUGCCGCUACUUCUUCCGUGUCAAAUAUAAAGGAAUUACGGCAAAACAACCAAGUUGCUGCAAUAUCGCCUCAUAUGGAUAACAACACAAGAAUUACCUCCAGUGAAAUUGGGUUCAUUGAAGAAUAUGGACUUCUCAUGAAUAUUGUUCCUUCUUCUAUUCUCUUUGAUAUACAUGUGAAUUUUAAACUUUAUUCGUCUCAUGUGAUAUUGUCAAAGCUUAUUCCGAACGAGGAUCAAUGGGGUACGAAGGCUUUCUCGUAUCAGCGAGAUGUCUGGGAGCAGUCCUUCCUAAAUAUAGAGAAGAAUCGCAAUUUUACAAAUUCCCAAUUUCGACAGAGCAAGUACUCGACUGCCACAAUUCGUUUUGUUAACAAGACUGACAGUCCAUUUUUGGAUGCGCAUAAUAUAUGUAUGGAUUCUUCAUUCACAUGGAUAAUAUUCCUCAAGUCAGGAUCAAUGAACUUUCAAUAUCCCGAUGAUCAAAGCUUUCGAUAUAGUCAUAAGCUGAAAACACGCAAACAAAGACUUCCAAAGAAAGCAAAAUGGAUAGAAAAAGGGUAUUAUUAUGUAUUUAAGCCCUGCCAAUUACGUCACAUCGGUCAUUUCGCGGAAUCUCUCAAUCACGCUUUGCUCAAGCUUCGAUAUCCUUCUUUUUAUCCUCCUCUUACCGACAUCUAUAUUCCCCAGUUUACUGAGAACGACUUUGAAUGGUCCAAAACCUAUCUACAGUUAGUUUUGAGCUUAUUUCCAGAGAAUUUCAAACCUGCCGUUCAUAUAGCGAACAGUAUUUCGUUGACUCGUACCACGUGCUUCCGAUCAGCUGUGUUGGCCGAUCGCGUUCGAUUCCAUAUGGAUGGAGCGUUAUUUGCUGGCUUUUUCCCUCAAGAUCUCAUAAAAGCAACUGCUUGGCGCCAUGCGAAUGUUCAAUCAAGACAUAACGAGCCGCCUCGGCUCGCUUUGCUGAUCGUUGAUCGAAAGAAUAUUCGAGGUUUCACAUUGCAUAGUACCUGGGUUGAGAUUAUUUCUUCGCAUUUUAAGGAACUUGUCGUUUCUUAUGAGAAUAUGGAAGGAUUAUCAUUUAAAGAACAAUUACAACUCUUCUAUGAUUCGGAUAUUGUGGUUUCUCCGCAUAGCGCAAGCUUCAUCAAUCUCAUUUUUUCAGUUCCUCAUACAGCGGUCAUUGAGUGUUAUCCGCCAUAUUUCUAUGAAUUGUGGUAUUCCAACACUGCAAUGUUUUCCCGUUUGCACUAUAUCAUGGUUUCAAGUUUUGUUCCAAAUGGCAAAGUGAAGAGGAUGUGGAAAGAUGCAGAGAAUGCCUAUGAGGAUGGCAAAUUCUAUUAUGUUCGAAGAAGUUAUCUUGAACACAGUGUAAAUCCUCCUCAGUUCAAAAUGCUUUCUGCUGUACGGGAUGCAGUGGAAUAUGCGAAACGGUGGCGCUUUGUAUAUGAAGCGAAUGAUCGAUGGUCUGCAAUAUUCAUGUAA